CGUUGGGUCGCAACCGCCUUAUCAGAAGAAAAAGAAGUCGACACGUCAUCAAAAGGCGACUUGACGUGUUAUUUUGCGAUCGUGAGCGAGGCGUCGUUUCUGCAAAUGAAGUGUCCUGUUUGGUGUCUCCUCCUUUGCUACACCAUCGUUGUUUGAUCCCAGUUCAACCGCCAAUGAAUCCAUUGAUUAGACGGAGACUUCCUCUGUCUGUGAGGAGUCUUCUGACAGACAUCGGUCCGAAGGAGGAGUGGACUGACGCAGAGCCAGAGACAGUGACCAGAGAUGGGAUCCUGCUCCCGUCCCGAGGCGUUGUUUCUGGACAAGAGGAAUUUCUCAUGCCAUCCCAGGCACAGGAGGUGGAGUCUACAGAUCGGAGUAACACUGGGAGGAAUAUGGCUUGCAUGUUGUGUAAAUGUAAACCCUCUUGCUACACUUGUCCUCGGUGUAACCUGUGUUAUUGUGGCUUGGCCUGCUACCAGAGCCCAGCUCACUCUGUCUGCUCAGAAGCAUUUUACAAGGAAUCUGUUCUAGAGGAACUAAAGGAUAUGGGGAAGACAGAAGGCGAUGAGAGAAAGAAAAUGCAGGAGAUUCUUGUGGGACUCAGACAAAAGGCAAAAAGAAUAGAUGGGGGAAUGGAAAGAUUGUUAAAAGACGCAGGUAUUGUGUUAAACGACGCAGACGAGGAUGAAGAAGUGACAGCAGAGAAAAUUCAGGUUGUGGAGCUCCUGUCUGCGUUGGCCGAGCUCCAACAGUCUGGGGAGGGGAGUGUAACAGAGAUUGAGGUUAUUUUGAAAAAACUGGACGAGAUUGGAGGGGGGGAGUUUCUGCCCGGAGACAUAGAGGAGGAUGCUGAAAGUGCUGAAGGGGAACUGGACUUAGCGGAACGACUCUCAGGGAUGGAUAUAGAAAAACUUUCAGAAGAGGAGCUGUGGGAAAUUCUCAACAGCAAAGAGAAAGAGACGUUUAUUGACCUGAUGAAGUCUGGAGCACUUGGCGGGCUGGUUCCCCUGUGGAAGCCAUGGUGGGAGGAGCAUGACGGGGGAGGGACAGCACUGGUGGAGGAAGUGAGCAAACUGGAGAGCAAACAUUCAACAACUGCGGAUGAAGAGGAUGUUUAUAAUAAAGCCAAGACAUUGCAAGAAGUGGAUCACCAACAGGUCAAAACAGCUACAAAGUUGAGAAAGAUUAAAGGAAGAAACACAAAGGAAACAAUCAAGGUUAAGGGAUAUUCCACAGAUCCCACUGUGCCUUCAAUUUCUGCAAAAAUUCCAAAGUUGACUUCUUUAUGUGCAAAUCCAUCUCCCCUCAUAUGUUAUGGUUUGGCCAAUGCACUUUUCGGCUACACCUUCGCUCUGUGCCAUUUUAACGGUGACACUGAUUCACUGACAUUUGAGUUUUGUGACAUGAUUCUUGCUCUGUCGGAGGCCCUGAACUCAAGCAGGGUGUUCAGCUCUCUCCAAGAGACCUUGGACUGUGGAGAAACUCUCAUUUUUGGUGGAGGGUACCUCAACAAAGAGGAUCCUCUGGGCCCAACCAGGGCGGUUGAAGCUGUGGCUCACAUAAUGACUGGCAGAGAUGGAAAAGAUGCUACAGGAUAUUGCCUGGCAGCCCUGAGUCAGCUUCGCUCAGUUCUCUCCCAGGCCAGAACUACCCUAUCUAAAGAGGGAGAGGAAGGGGCAAGGAGGCAGAAGUACUUCCUGGCAAGCAAGAAGUGUGAAUUCUUUCAAGCCUGGGUGUUGGACAAUGCACCCCAGAUUCGUAGACUAGCUGUUGAGAUAUGGAAUGAACACAGUAAAAGACAGAAUGUAAGGAAUAGCCUGGAGAAAGCUAAGACUGCAGUUGAGGAGAACUUGAAGAAAGGGAAGAGUAGAGGGAAUAGUAAGUUGGUUGAAGAACUGAGCUAAUGAAAGAUUUUUUGGAAAUGUUAAAGGGGCUGUUAGCAAUUCUAAAGCAAAACACGUUUUGUAAAAAUCAGCUAAUAUUUUCUCACAAAACAAAUGGCUCGGGUCGUACCAACAAAACUGCAAGUGCAUUUUGUAAACAUCACGCGUUGACACCACGACAACAAGGAAAGAAACGCUAAAUCGCUUUAAACUGCCUCUUUAAUGUGUUCAUAUUGUAAUGGAAAUACAUGAGAAACUCAAUUAAAUUGUGUAAAACUGAAAAAAAA